CUGUGUUCGUUCGGCUCUGCGAAGUCAUUGUAUGUAAACAAGGUCAAGUAUUCGCCGCAGCAUUUCAGCCUGCACAGACCAACCAGACGACUCUCUCCAGAGAAGACGACAUCACAUCAGCACAACUAUUACAGGAUUUCGGAGAUCUCCAGCCACCAUGAUGCAGUGUCUCCAGUUUCUGGUUGAACCAACCAAGAACGUCACGGAGAAGUUUAAGGAGUUUCGUAAGAAGUCGAAGAAUGAAAAGAGAGAGCCGCUGGACGAGAGUCAGCUGUUUAUUGUGAAUCUCGCCAAGGACCUGGGACGGGUCUGUCAGAGGUCUGAGGUGCUGGAGCACAUCUCCAACAGUGAGGACGUUUGGCCCACACUCACCUGCAGGGCUUUCAUUCUGGAGUGGGCGGCUCUGCUGGAGAGCAAGAAAAGGCCGAUGCAGACUGACGGCUGGCCAGAGAGAAGUGACUGGAAGGAUCUGGCUCUGAGCGGCGAACAGGAUCUGGAGAAAGCCAAGAGGGUCAUUAUAACCUGGAGCAAAGACCUGAGAGCCCAGCCUGAGCAAAGCGUGUGGCCUGGAGAGCAGGUGGUGGCGGCUCUGGAUGACCUGGAGGCUCACUGGAAGCGUGGCCGGAUGGAGACCCUGCAGUCCGCCAUGGAGCUGCUGUUCUGGACACUCGUCAACAAAGACCUGGACAAGGAGACUAUUCCUCAGAAGUGGCUCGUGUGGAAACAGAGGAGCCAAAAAAUAGGUGCCGCCCCGUACAUUCCUCACAUGGUGUGGGACUGGAUCUGUGAUGCAGGAGUGGAAGUGACCCUUGACCUGGACACUGCCAACCCUGACCUGCUGAUCUCGGAGGACGAGCGGCGCAUGCGCUGUGGUUUCGAGCGCAGUGACGUGCCCAAUUAUCACCAGCGCUUUGACGGCUGGUGGUGUGCGGUGGGCACUGAAGGCUUCUGCUCCGGCCGCCAGUACUGGCAGGUGGAUGUGGGAGAAAUGGACUGGCGUAUUGGCGUGGCCAAAGAGUCAGCAUUACGGAAGGGCUUUAAGUCUCUGAACACCGACACCGGAUACCUGACCCUGCGACUGGAGCGCGGCACCGAGCUGAAGGCCCUCACCGUGCCGUUCACCUCCCUGCCAGCCACCCUAAUCCCCCGCAAGGUAGGGGUAUACCUAGAUUUCGACCAGAGUCAGCUGUCCUUCUACGAUGUGGAGAACCGCUCACACAUCUACACCUACAACGAGACUCCGGGAGAAAAGCUGUUCCCGCUGUUCGGGACGGUGGAGAUCGUGAAGGAUCUGGUGAUCCGCUCGCCCGGGGCCCGGAGCCACUGCGUGUGCCCCAGCAUGUGCCUGUGGACCUGAGACAACAGCUGGAACCCUAGACCUCUAGAGCAGUGGUUCUCAACUGAGUGCAAGCGGGGGAAAAACCUAUAGCAGGGUGAAAUGUGAAAUGCUAGUAUUUUUAUAUGAUGGAAGAUUUUGUGAAAGAGCUUUAAGUAAAGCAACCAGCCAUCGUAACAUUAAAACUGAGCUAUUCUUUCCCCUUUUACAAGAUGUAAAAUAAGUCUCUGAUGUCCCGAGUGUGUAUGUGAGGUUUCAACUCAAAGACAGACACAAUUUUUUUAAUAACUCUUUGAUACUGCCCCGUUUAGUUAUUGGUAUAGUGUUGUUUUGGUGAUUCGGUUUAAUUUUAAAUGAGAUCGUGCUCCUAGUGCUCUUUUAAAAAGCCAAUUUGUCAGCGAAGUGGCCGAUUCAAAAUAGGGCAAACUGUGAAAUGCUAAAAAAGCCAAAAGAAGUGGCUAAGAAGGAAGUAGGCUAUGGAGACCACUGUGUUAAUUGUCGCAUCGUAAGGCACUGACUUUACCUUCGGCAGGUACGUUAUGAAAACACCAAUGGCAGACGGCUGCUUCUUACUCAAGGCUGUCUAUGAUAAUGAGUGGAACUAAUGGGCAGAGCUUCCCCCCUCUAAUUACAUGUACAAAUGAAGAAUGUCAAAGUGUUUCUGCAGGAGGAAUUCCGGUUCUGGCGCCUGAGGAGUGGUCGUGCCAGCGGUCCACUCCCAAAAAACUUUUCCGUUGAUCUUUUAACAUCAGUGCUUUUGUUGGUACCUGACUGUAUUUGUUAAUCUAGUGUUCUGUGGCUUAAUUCGCUUUUGAAAUGUCAAAAGGAAGGGGCGGAUAAAGAGAGAGAAGGCUUAGAGAGAAGUUACGUUAACCGAGAUUCAUGCGCUACAAGUCGACCUUAGAGCCUUGAGAGCCUCAGAUAAGACUUUAACACGUCUUUUGAAAGUUUAGCAGCCAAACUAGUUAAUAUUCAAUCCACGGUGGCUGAUCAUGAUCUUCACAUUGGUGAAGUGUGUGUCCGGUGCUACAGAUAUUACUCAGCAGCUCAAUCAGCUUAUUGCUAACGUGUUCGAGGCUUCAGAAAGACAACAAGUGGUUAAAAGCUAAAGUCUAUAUUCUUGAGUCACAAUCAAAACAUAUGAAUUGUGGUCCUACCCGAAUCAAUCGAGGGGCCGCAACCAAUGACUUUUUUCUCUCAGCUUCUGGUCAAAGUGUUUCCCAAGAUAAAAUAAAGUUUAUACAUUUUUCCAUUAGAGGUUGGGAGUGUUUAAACCCCUUACGAAUGUAAUUUUUGCAUAAUCGGUCUCAUUUAAAUAAUUUAAUUUUAGUUAGUUUUAAACGACGACAAUCCCAUUAAGCAUUGCGAAUGACAUCAUUGUCGUGCUCCAAAUUGCACAUAUUGCCUUCUGAAGGGCACUUCGGAGUAGAACCAAUCAUGGCUGCCACGAUUGAGCUCCUACUCCUAGCAGAGAAGUUGUGUUGCGCUCAACAAAGUUAUUAGGUUUAAAACUGCAGUAAGGUUAUUUUAUUCACUACAGUAAAUACAAAGUGAUUUUUCUUUGAUAGAGAUGACGCCAGUGCAUUGUUCAAUGACUAAGCUGUGUUAGCAAUAAUAACAACGUUACCUAAAUUGAUUCACACUCAUUUUCUUCCGCUUUUCUGGAGCCGUGUCGCGAGGGCAGCAUUCUUAGGUUAGAACCCCAGACUUCAGUCUCACCCGACACUUCCUCCAGCGGGAUCCCAAGGCGUUCCCAGUCCAGCUGAGAGACAUUGUCCCUCCAGCGCAUCCUGGGUCUUCCCCGAGGCCUCCUCCGGGUGGGACAUGCCAGAAACACCUCCCUAGGUAGGCUUCCAGGAGGCACCUGAAACAGAUUCCCGAGCCACCUCAGCUGAAUUUUCUCGAUGUGGAGGAGCAGCGGCUCUAUCCCCGAGCUCCUCCUGGGUGUCAGAGCUCCUCACCUUAUCCAUAAGGGUGCGCCCUGCCACCCUGCAAAGGAAACUCAUUUCGGCCGCUUGUCUCCAAGAUCUUGUCCUUUCGUUCAUGACCCAAAGACCAAAAUUUAGCAAUUUAAUAAGUUUUAAAAAUGUUAAUUAAGGUCUACAGUUGUGUUCAAUAAACCAAUUAACAACCCCAGAGCUCAUGCAUUUGACAAAUAAACUCUGACAUAACAAAGAUUAGGCGACGCAGUGGCGCAGUAGGUAGUGCUGUCACCUCACAGCAAGAAGGUCACUGGUUCGAGCCUCGGCUGGGUCAGUUGGCAUUUCUGUGUGGAGUUUGCAUGUUCUCCCUGCGUUCCCUUGGGAUUUCUUUGGGUGCUCUGGUUUCCCCCACAGUCCAAAGACAUGCAGUACAGGUAAAUUGGGUAGGCUAAAUUGUCCUUUACAAAUGCCUGGUUUAUUUUUGGUUGCUAGGUUGCCAAUCCUACAGUCAGCCUCUCUAACAACUUGACAAAUAAACACUAACCUAACAAACAUUACACCAACAUGACCAAUCAGCCGUCUUUACUAUGCCUGCCUUGUUUACUGUUGGUUGCUAGGUUACCAAUACUACAGUUAGCCACUCAAACAACUUGACAAAUAAUCUCUGACAUAGCGAACAUUACACCCACAUGACCAAUCAGCCGUCUCCAUUAUGACUGCCUUGUUUAUUUUUGGUUGCUAGGUUACCAAUGCUACAGUCAGCCACUUCGCCACCUUAUUUUGCUUUGUUUAUGCUAACUUUGAAAAAAUUCGCUUCACGUUUAGAUGCAAACCUGACUAUUGUUCCUUUCGAAUUUGCACAAUUCUUAUAGUAUGGUUAUUUCUAAACGCUCUCUUAUUGAAAGCACUUUGUAAAUAUGAACUUAAUAGAAAACAUUCAGUGUCACGGUUGACUAAACUGCACCGAUGGUUUUUCGAAACCUUUUAAAGAACUUUGCUUGAAACUAAUCUGAAGUGUCUAACAAUUUGCAUAUUGUUGAUCUUGAGCACUUUAUAGAACAAUUUAAGACAUUAAAUGUGUGAUGCGUAGAACUGUUUUUGACAACUAAACAUAAUUAGCCCCUUGUUUGGUCGUCCUGACGGAAAACCAGUUGAGAACCAGUGCUCUAGUCCAUUACUGGGCUGCGUUAGAUAUCAGUUUGUAGUGAUUAACUGUGAUCCAUAGCAGUAAAGCCCAGUAAAUCCAUUAAAGUAGUGUACAAUCUCUUCCAGCUGCUGCUUCUGUGGUACUUCUGCACCUUAUUAUAUGUAACGCAGUGUUCACCUGCCCUGUCUGCACCUUCACAUUCAUCUCACACGCUCAACAUCAUGAUAUAUGAACAUGCACUUUAUGCCAAUAAUAAAUGGAAAUGAGCUCAAA